AUGCGCGACUCGGAGUUGGGAGAGAUGGUGAUGGUGUUCGAGGAUGACGAUGUGGCGACGCAGAAGGAUGAGGUUCACGGGACGGACGUAUCUGUCUUCGUUAACGGUGACCUUGACGACGACGAUGCACGGUCGGAUACAACAGUCCCAUCCCACCCACCUGCUGUUACCGUCGCCAAAGGGGCCCUGGAUAUGCUCACGGGAAGGGAUAUUAUCUUGCCCGCUGACGCGUGCUUCAUGUCGCAUCACGAUCAUCGACCGUUGCUCGACCCAAGGAUAGCAAGGGUCGUCAGUUCCGUGUCCAGUGCUUGCAGGAUAUCACUGCGAACCGCGUCGAUUCUCGUCGAGAUCAUUUUUGAGUCUCUCAAGUUCUCCGCUACAACAUCCUUGUCGUUCACACGCCGAGCGCUGGUUGCCGCUGUGUCCUCAGCGCGUACCGUGCAUCUCAUUGCCAUGGGCAAAGGCCGAAAAGACAGCCUGUCCUUCUUCAAAGUGUUGGACAAGUACACAUCUGCUGGCGUCUACGUGAUCCACAAUGUCUUCUCGUUGGCAGAGCUAUUGACGCACACUACAUUCCAUUUGGCUUCAUCGACGAUUCAGUUCUCUUUGGAGGCGGCAGAAGAAUGUGUACAGGUGCUGGAUGGGCUCUUCGGGGAGACGGAGACAUCGAAGGCAUUGGCUGCCUUCAUCUGCUUAGUCAAAAAGGAGCUGCGCGGGCAUGAGGAUGAUCUUUUCAUCAGUCAAGGAAGAUGCGGCAGAUUGUCGGCACUGGGCCAGAUCACGAAAGCGUUGACGGCGUACUGCUGUCUGCAAUAUGUGAAUCGGAAGCGCUGGAGACAGUCACUCAAACUUACGCCGAUCUUCGAAGGUCAUGUGCGGGUUGCGGAACUCGAGGAAUUACCAGCGCCAGACAUCCCCCGUCAAAUCACCGACGGCUCGGAACAGCGGAAGAAAGCGGAUGACAUGAGCUACACAGAUCUACUUUCGCUGGCGCUUCAAAAUCCCGACCAUCAGCUUACGUCUAUGCCACUGAACCGGGCGCGGUUGCUAAAUGCAAUGGAACGUCGACGGAUGUCCAACCCAGAGCGGUGCUCCACGUUGCCAAUCCGAUUAUCGGACAUUGAUGGUGCUGAACCGCGUCGUGCACUUCUCCAAGAUUUGGUCGGACUGAAUGGGAAUGUUGCUGCCUAUGGAGAGCUUUCCGACGCUGACAACUUCGAGAGAACAGAAGAUCAUCGGCAUUCACCUCUCACUUUCGAUGGAAGACGCACCCGGACAAAAUCUGGCCAAAACAUUCCAUAUCGGUUGCAACCAGAGCAAGUCAGCAAUGUACUCCAGAUGCUCGAGACAGUGCAAAGCACUAGCCGCGAAAAACAUGCCCACAAAUGGGAACGACACUAUUCCGAAUGCAAAACGAUGAAGCACAAACUGCGGCCACACUCCCUCGUUCAGUCCACUGCUCCGCUUCUCCUACGACCACCAUCACCUCGUCAAAAGCUUUUUGAGAAGAUCACCCGCUAUGUCCGCUUUGCAAGUGGAGCAUACGGAACGAACUUUCUCAAAAUUCUGGGAAUUGGGAGAGCGCGGGACUUCCUCCUUGAACAUUCGACGGACCAUCACAACCACCAAAGCUUUGCCUUUCACACUGACGUGCCAGUGGAGCAUAUCCUCACGUCCUCUUUUCGUGAUCCAACUGUGCUGCAUCCGCCAUCGUUGAUUGCACCAGUGCACUAUCUCGUUGUGGAUGCCAAAACCUCCGCGGUUGUUGUUAGUUUGCGUGGAACCCUAGGUCUCUCCGAUUUGAUCACAGAUUUGACAAGCAGCUACUCCGCAUACACAACUUUCGAUGGGCAUCCGGGCAAAGUGCACUCGGGAAUGCUCGCAUCAGCAGAGAAAAUAGCUCGAGGACCCGUUCGGAAAGCAGUCUGCGAAGCAUUGAUCAAGCAUCCUGGAUUCAGCCUUGUGCUCACCGGGCACAGUCUAGGCGGUGGGGUUGCUGCACUGCUGGCACUUCUAUGGUCGCGAAAGUCGCUGGACAACAAUGGAGAGCACGUGUUUGUCACAAGUGAUUCGAGUGGCUUCCCUGAACGACAAGUUCACUGCUUCGUUUAUGGUUCACCGGCAGUCAUGUCACUCGACCUCUCCAAUCACUAUAAGCACCUCAUUACCUCUAUCAUUUAUCGCCAUGAUAUCGUCCCAUGUCUGUCGCUUGGACUGUUGCGCGACUUCCGAAAUGUCGCUGUCAACCUGUGCCAGGAGCAGGGCAUGGCAGAGCGGGUCAUCGGUAACGUUCUUGGUGUAUUUAAAAAGUAUCCCUCCGCCACUCCGCCGGAAGAAGCAAACCAUGAAGAUGAUUUGUGGUAUUGGGCUUUGCUGAAAACGCUUCGAGCUGACAUGUGCGCCGAAAAGCUGUAUCCACCGGGUUCAGUAUACUGGAUCGACGCCACGACACCGGCAGUCACAGCAGCAUCGUUUUCUGAUCUUCAUGGUCCUCCAUCUCCAUCGGCCGCCCCAGCGGCGGACUCUUCGAAACCGCCCAAGAAAGCCACGGCGCUCACGGUGCACGAAGUUGACGAUGUGGAAACGGCCUUCUCGGAAUUCACUUUCUCCCGGACAAUGUUCCUAGACCACUCGCCAUACUCGUACGAAAGAGCUUGCGGAGCACUCACGGCCGCCAUGAAGACUCAAGAAUGGGAGUGA